AAUAAUUAUGUAAUUUGUCAAAGAUUUGUAACAUCUCGUUUUUUAAACAAUAGAGAUUAAUUAUUCUUGAAGAAUUUAUAUUGAACGUGUAUGAUAAGUUGAUAAGGUUUUCUCAACAAAAAUUUUAAAAGCAGUUGCAAAAUGCAUUGCUCGAACGGAAACUCAUCUGUGGGGACGCAACUUAAUUUGCAACUUAUUUUUAUGAGUAUUUUUUUUUGUCAUGAAGCUCUACUCUUAUGCACACGCCUAAUAACUCGCGCAUUGCUUGCUCAACGGAGUAAAGCAGCAGAAGUAGAGUAGAGCGAGAGAUCAAUAUCGAGAAAUCAAUCUUGGGAGGCUUGUAUGAAUAUUAAUUUGUAUUAAUAAUUUACAGCCAGUACAGAGGUUAUUGAAAUUUCCUGGACACAACUCUGGAGAGCUCGCGCAUGCCCGGCGGAGCGCCAGCCCGCAUCACCCGGACGAUCGCCAAUCGUCAAACGGUAUGAUAAGGACACAAGAAACACAAUCUGUCAGUCAUCGUCAGUAGAGUCCAGUCAUCAUCGUCUCGCGGCCAUCGUGCGAUCCGCCUGGAUGAUCAACGUUAAACGCAGUCGGCUUGACACAGUGGCCCCACGACGCAGCACGUCCGCAGCAGCAGCAGCACCAGCAGGCCACUCCGGUUCUCGACGGUGGCGGAGUCGCCGUGACAGUUAGUAGCCGCUAGUCGUCGGCCAGGAGCAGCCGCCGGUGAUACAUUGCGCAGCUGAGCACAGCUGCAUCGCGUCCCAGUAGGGGACAGCAGGACUACCGAGAGAGGCGAAAAGAGAGGCGAAAGGGCAUCGCGUCGCCGCCCCCGUCCUACUCAGAGGAGAAACAUGACGACAGAGGAGAAGUUCAACGCCGCCGUGAACGUGAUCAGGAGUCUGCCGAAAAAUGGAGCGUAUCAGCCUAGCCACGAGAUUAUGCUGCGCUUUUAUUCGUACUACAAACAAGCAACCGAGGGACCCUGCCAACAAUCUAAGCCUGCGUUCUGGGAGGUAAUCAAGAAAGCGAAAUGGGACGCGUGGACACGCCUUGGCAACAUGAGUCGUACAGAAGCCAUGAAUAAUUAUGUGGAGGAACUAAAGAAAAUUGUCGAAACAAUGUCCUAUACGGAUAACGUGGCAACGUUUCUCGGCAGUUUGGACUCCUUUUACGAGAGCGUACCGGCCGAGGAUUUGGAAUUACUCGUGGGACCAGUAUUGGAGCGUAUACGCUCCCAGCCGGGAUCACCAUUGUCAGGUUCGCCAUUAGCAUCCAGAGAAACAUCACCGCACAGGGUGAUGAAUGCUUCUCGGCACAUAACGAGUAGUUUGGAAACCAGCCCGACUAGCAGUCGUACUGCGAGCCCGCUGCCACAGGACACUGACGGCGAAGAAGAGGUUUUUAUAGAUACUGUUGAGUCAGCGCCGGAGAGAGCGCAAAAGGACGCACUCAAGUCCGCUACUGUUCCGCAUAAGGUACAAAUCACAGCGAACGGAAUCGAUCAUUCAAAUACAGAAAAUGUUAUAAAAGAGAGCACCGAAUUGACUAAUGGAUACAGCAAUGCUAAUGGUCACACGGAAAUAGUAUCGGAGAAUCAACGAGAGCGAGGUAGACAGAGAACGAAAAAAGACGACAAUAAAGUCAACGCGGAAUUCCUGAAUCAAAUCGCGACGACUAUGCAGAAUCUUCAGAGAGAUUUGGAUCGUAUAACCGGCAGAGUGCGAAGCUUGGAAGGGCAAGCCCUGCAAGCGCUGGCACCACAAACAGAACACACUGCUAGGCGCAGAUAUGCAAAGUGGUGGCCAUUGCAAGAAUGUCCACCGCGCUUGUUUGUCCUACUAAUAUUAUGGCCAUUCGUCGCUCACUUGCUUAUCAACUUUAUGCAGCGUUAUCGCCAACGAAGACUGUGAUGUCACGGCUGUUAUUCCUACACAGCCGGCAACCUAUUCCAGUGUUCGGGUUACUAUUGUUGAAUUACAUAAUAAAUGUACAGAGAUUUUUGUUUUAGUUUUAUAUUCCUUAUAGGAGAGUGAAGCUGUCCUAAUGCAAUCUGCGAUUACAUUAGUAAACGUGAAUUGUGAUAAAAUUAACUAGGUCAAUCUCUGUAUAUUUUUGCACAUAUGCAGCCUGUUUCGGAAGUUAUACACUUUCUCUCGACUGCAGAUUUGCCGUUGACUAAUGGAUCGAUUGAUUCAUGGCGAAAGUUCGAUUUAAAAGACAUUUUAUACGCAGUUAUGCGUUAAAUAAGAGGUAAAAUGGCUUAAUAUUUUCCUUUUCAUGCAUUUUUAUAAAACAGUACAAAUGUUAUUCUACAACACAUACAAAAAGAUACAGCGCAUUUCCUUUUUUAAAAAUAAUAUUGAAAUUUGUAUUGUUUUAUAAUGAAAUGCCUACGAUUUACGUAUACUAUAUAGAUGUAAGAAUGUUUUACCGUAUAUUUAAAAAUAUACGAAUUUUAUGUUAGAUAUAUGUAGAAUUAUUUUAUUCUCACGUCUGCUUUUUAGUGUUUGUAUUUUAGAAAGAGAUACGUAACUUCCGGAACAAUCUGUAUAAAAAAUCUAAAGGUACAGUUCUUUUAAUGUUUUCUAAGGUGGAUUGAAUGUAUUUUAUAUAUAUAUGUAUAUGUAUAUGUAUAUGUAUAUGUAUAUGUAUAGUUCUAUAAAACGUACAGAUUGUAAUAUACCCAUACAAGGGGGGAAAGUAAAUCUUUUUGUACAUGCAAACGUGUACGAUAGUCAGUUGUUACAUGUAUUUUACGUGUAAAUUAGAAUUGGGUUUUUAUGAAAAAGAGGGAUUUUAAAGUGUACACUAUCGGUGAUGAACAAUGAUAAAUAUUAAUUAUUAUUAAUGGAUAAUAAUUCUAGUUUCAAAGGAGGGUUUAUACGUAUCGAACAAACGAUUGCGAUAAAUUUUAUGUACAUACAUACAAUGUGAAAAUAUACAAAUUUUUAAUUA